GUGCACUAGAGUCUGUAUACUGCUGUCUAUGCUGCUAUGGCGAUGAACAAGCCGCACACUCUGCUCAUGUUCCAAAAGACAGAGUCGGCUGCACAACGGACGUGGUCUGAGCACUCAAGUGCGGAUGCGGCCGUUCAGUACAUCAUCGGCGUCUAUGCUGGAGGCAUCGCUCGACGGAAUCCGCACAAGGAGAUCAGUACGACGGAUGUGCUCAAUUUUGUGGACCAGCUGCAUGAUGUUGUGGCGAUGGUCUAUGACAGCAAGCUGGAGUCCUAUGUAGCGCGUGACUCUGGGUGGCUCAAGAAGCGGAUAUCUGGCUACUGGGAGAAGCAGGACCAGGAUGCCGUGCGUAGAUAGUAAAUGUUCCAGUCCCGCUGUCUCACCCAAAUUUGAGAUUCGCCC